AUGGCCAGCACCCUCUUUGUCCCACCGCAAAAGGGCUCUGUGAACACGGGCAAGCCUGCUGCUUUAAAGUUGGACUGUUUACUUUUAUCACUACUUACGCCUGCUGUUCUCUUGCCAGUCAUCUCCUGGAAUAAUUUGAAACAACAGGCAAUAUUCAUUUCUAGCUUUGCGUCUCACGCUUGGCGGGAGCACUCAUAAUUAGCACAUUAUUAUUUAUCCAAACUUCCGCAAGGCUUUCCAAUGGAGCGGACAGCGCUGGUUGCGGGUUAGGACAGAUUUGCCAUACACUGUUUAUUGGCUGGGAGCUGUGAGGAAAGCCCCGCUGCCCGGAGAGGUUUGGUAGGUGGCUCCGAGCCCGGAGGAUGCUGCGCGACCCCAGCCCGCCCGCUGAAGCACAGAGGGAGGCUCUGGGCUCUCCUCCGCUCCCGGCAGAUCAUUUCCCUGUGUGUCAGCGCCGGAGACACGAGCAGGGCUGCUCGCUGUUUCUCUGGGACGAAAGGAGGAUCCCGCUGCUGUGAGCCCCGGGCCCAGGUGUCCGAGCACUGCGGGCUCGGAGCCGGCACUGCCCCGGAGAGCGCGGCGGAGACACAGCCCCGGCUCCCCCCGGCAUUCAGAUGCUGCUCCUUAAUUAGCUGGGAAGAGACAGACACCGGGAAAGUGCUGCCUGACAACUGCGCAGGAGAUUCUUUGAUGGAUUAAAACCUCGUCAGACUCCAACUUGAGAAGAAGAAUGACAGCUCAGACACUUAAACCAGACUUUUCACCAUCCUGGAAAGGAACUGGCUUUCGGAAUUUGGAGGGUUUUUAAUGUUCUACCUCCCUCUGCUGUUACCAGCGAGAAGUUCCUCGACAAUGGGAAAUCAUGUACUCGCUGCUUCGAUUUCCAUGCUCUCGCUCCUGGUGAUGAUGGGGGACACGGACAGUAAAACAGACGGGUCCUUCCUCAUCGACUCCGACCCCAGCCGCUGUAUGAGGCACCACUACGUGGACUCCAUCAGCCACCCUCUCUACAAGUGCAGCUCCAAGAUGGUGCUGCUGGCCCGCUGCGAAGGCCGCUGCAGCCAGACCUCGCGCUCGGAGCCCAUGGUUUCCUUCAGCACCGUCCUGAAGCAGCCCUUCCGCUCCAGCUGCCACUGCUGCCGGCCCCAGACCUCCAAGCUGAAGGCCAUGAGGCUGCGGUGCUCGGGGGGCAUGAGGCUGACGGCCACCUACCGCUACAUCCUCUCCUGCCACUGCGAGGAGUGCAACUCCUAGGGACCGAGGGGCACAGCAGACGGGGGACAAGGGUGUGCUGCUGUGGGGGAAGACUCCCAAGAAACAAUCCAAGGUCAGGCCGGUGCCCCCAGCACCCGAUUGCAGCGAGGAUGGGACUAACCAGGCUGGAUGGAAUCUGAGAGCAGAAGUAUCCAAAAUACCCUGGGCUGCUGGAUGGUGCUGGUAUCGCAGAGUGGGCUGUGACAAAGGCGAAAGCAUGAGGACUUGUUUUUAUGAAGCCUUUCUUUUUUUCUGAAAGGAUAUUUUUGAGAGUUUCUUCUUUCUCAGACUCAGCUCUGACUACAGAGAGGUGCUUUUACUUUAGGCCAUGGGCAGCAGGGGAACAGAGAAGAAGGUCAGCCAGAUGACAGCACUGCAUUAUGGAAACUGGUGUUUGGACAGAGGAUGGGCAUCAGUUCCCACAGACAACACCUUAACCUAUCAAUUUUUUCUCAGUUUUCUAGUUUUACUGGCCUUCAAAGCACAUUGUGCUGUUGGCAAAGGUCAUCUGUUACUGACCUAGUGGCCAAAUGCUGGAUAACUUUAACUGUGGUUUAAAUUACAAAUAAACCAUUGAAAAGUGAACUGGAUAUGAAAUACCAUGCUUGGAGUUUCAGCUGGCCUAGCUGAAACAAUUAUUUGACAUGUGUCAUCAGAGUUCAGUGUCUGAGCAGCUCUUGGGAAGGGAAAGGUCAUGAGACUCACUAUUACCUUCUAAAAGCCUGGAAAUGUGACACAAAACAUCUAUCACAAAAGACUUUAUUUGAAAGUUAAAAACUAAUCAAAUAUUAAAAUGCCACAUACUAAA